AUGCGCGGAGCAGAGGGCACUUGUCCAGCCACGAGAGCCCCUCGCAGCCGGCUGGAGGACAGGAUCAGCUCCAGCGAGCACGCCAGGGUCCUGCAGCGACGCAGAGCACGCAGACACAAGAGGAACUACCCUCAGCAGGGGAGGAAUACCGCCGAGCCCACCGAGCACCCCACCAGCCCCCAGACCCGCUGCCCGCACGUGCUGGGAGCAGAACCCACCUUGCUUCUCCGAGUGGAGGGGGAGACCCUGUACAACAUCGAGACCCGGCGGCUGCCGGUGGCGCUCCGCGAGAUGAACUGGCUCGACUACCUCGCUAAAGGAGGAAGCAAAAGGGCACUGGAAGAGGCAGCAACGGCAGACUUGGAAAUAACAGAAAUAAACAAGUUAACAGCAGAAGUUAUCCAGACUCCUUUAAAAAUCAUCAAGAAAGUGGAAAAAUCUAAGCAGGAUAUUGAAGCUAUUGAAGAAGAAGCAGAACCUCCUUUGCUUCCUCUAGCAAAGAAAGCAAAACAUGAUAGCCAAUGUCUUCCAGAGCUAGAAGCUGAAAACGUUAAUCCAAGAACUGGAAAGGUGAAGGCAUCCACUAAAAAAGUGCCAGUGUCCAGGAGUAGGAGAGCUCCUUCAGCAAGAGUGAAGCGCAUGAGUAAAAGAUCAAGCAAAACCAACUUUAUCACUCCAGCUAAUGGCAGAACUGUUGAUCUCUGUGCCCGGGGAGGUACCUCCAUGGUCACACCCAAAUUUGAUUCCAGAAUUUUCAAGACACCAGGUUUGCGCACGCCUGCCAUAAAUGAACGUGUUUACACCAUCUCUGCCAAUGGCAGCCCCCUUGCUGACAGCAACGAUAUCUUCAUUACGGUCCCUGUUGGAGGAGGGGAGAGCAUUCGUUUAACAGCAAGUGAUUUAACCAAGAAGAAUCUUCUUCAUCUAAAUCCAGAGGCCCAAGGAAUUGUGAAGAAGCUAUCAGUACGUCUCGCACAAGCUUGCAGUGCUGCAAAAACCCAUAGAUGA